GAAUCACACGCUGAGCGGAUCCCACGAACAGCGCACUCCACCCGGCCUGGAGGCUGCGACGAUGCCCGCUGGAAGAGCAUUUCCCACCGGCCGGAGCCUGAAACGCACCGAACCAAACAUGGAAAACAAAUAAAUCCACCCUCGCCGACAGCUGCGUAAAAAUCAUGCGUCCUGUAUCCAAGCGGGCGGCUCGGAGGUGAAAGCGGCCGUGGAGGAAGCUCAAGAUAGACGGCUUUAUUAGUGAGAGGUGUCAGGAGGGAGGGAGGGGGCCCGCUGCGCUGUCUUGUCUUCUAAGAGGAUAAAGAAAAAAGGGGAAUCAAGCUAUUUUUACGCGCAGCCGCCGGUGACACCAUGAGCGGAGCGCCGGAUGAGAGCUCGGUGCGCGUCGCCCUGAGGAUUCGUCCUCAGCUGGCCAAAGAGAAGAUCGAAGGCUGCCACAUCUGUACAUACGUGAUGCCUGGAGAGCCACAGGUGGUUCUGGGUAAAGACAAAGCCUUCACCUACGAUUAUGUGUUCGAUAUGGACACCCAGCAGGAUGCCAUCUACACUCACUGCACCGAGAGACUCAUCGAGGGCUGCUUCGAGGGCUACAACGCCACCAUCUUCGCAUACGGACAGACGGGUUCGGGGAAAACCUACACGAUGGGAACCGGCUUCGACGUCAACAUCGGAGAGGACGAGCUGGGCAUCAUUCCUCGAGCCGUCAACCACCUGUUCAGAGGCAUCGAGGAGCGCCGACAGACGGCCACCGAGCAGGGAAGGCCUGUUCCCGAGUUCAAGAUCAACGCUCAGUUCCUGGAGCUGUACAACGAAGAGGUUCUGGACUUGUUCGAUUCGACUCGAGACCUGGAGGCCAGGAGGCAGAAAUCCAACAUCAAAAUCCACGAGGACGCCAACGGAGGCAUCUACACCGUCGGAGUCACCACCCGCACCGUCACCUCUGCAGCCGAGAUGAUUCAGUGUCUGAAGCUCGGCGCUCUGUCUCGAACCACCGCCAGCACCCAGAUGAACGUCCAGAGUUCACGCUCUCACGCCAUCUUCACCAUCCACCUGUGCCAAGUGCGAGUCUGCUCUCCGGACAACAACGAUAAUGUGACGGAUAACCGUCUGACCAAUGAUUCAGAGAUCGAUGAGUUCGAGACGCUGACGGCCAAGUUCCACUUUGUGGAUUUAGCAGGUUCUGAGAGACUGAAGAGAACCGGAGCUACAGGAGACCGAGCUAAAGAGGGAAUCUCCAUCAACUGUGGGCUGCUGGCUCUGGGAAAUGUCAUCAGCGCUCUGGGAGACAGAAGUAAACGCUCCACUCAUGUGCCUUACAGAGACUCCAAACUGACCCGGCUGCUGCAGGACUCACUGGGUGGAAACAGUCAAACAGUGAUGAUCGCCUGCAUCAGCCCAUCGGACCGAGACUUCAUGGAGACUUUAAACACCCUCAAAUACGCCAACCGAGCCCGAAACAUCAAGAACAAGGUGAUGGUGAACCAGGACAGAGCCAGUCAGCAGAUCAGUGCCCUGAGGACGGAGAUCGCUCGACUGCAGAUGGAGCUGAUGGAGUACAAGACGGGAAAGCGGAUGGUGGGUGAAGACGGUAUGGAGGGCAUCAACGAUCUGGUCCACGAGAACUCCAUGCUGCAGACGGAGAACAACAACCUGAGGGUGAGGGUGAAGGCCAUGCAGGAGACCAUCGACGCCCAGAGAGCCAGACUCACCCAGAUCCUCAGCGACCAGGCCAACCAGGCUCUGGCCAAAGCAGGUGAAGGUAACGAAGAAAUUGGGAACAUGAUUCAAAACUACAUCAAAGAAAUCGAGGAGCUGAGAGCGAAGCUUCUUGAGAGUGAAGCUGUGAAUGAGAACCUGAGGAAGAAUCUGUCGAGAGCCUCGACUCGCUCCUCGAUCUUUGGCGGUCCAGGAUCCUUCCUCGCCCCGGAGAAGGAGGCCAGCGACGUGAUCGAGAUGGCCAAGAAAAGCCUGGAGAAGAUGAAGAAGAAGGAGAGGAAGAAGAAGAAGAGACUGAGGCAAUACGAGGAGAAUCACCACCAGGAGGUUGCCAGUGUCGUCAAAGAUGAGCUCCCAGACAACGAUCAGGAAAGAGGCAACGAGGAAGCAGAGGUGGAGGGCAGCGACCACGAAGAAGCCGAGGAUGCCGACGGAGAAGACGAAGACUUUGACAUGGCAGGAGAGGAAUCCUCCGACGAGUCCGACUCUGAAGAGCUGGACGAGAAAGAAAACGUCCAAGCCGACUUGGCCAACAUCACCUGUGAGAUCGCCAUCAAGCAGAAGCUGAUCGACGAGCUGGAGAACAGCCAGCGACGUCUUCACACCCUGAAACAGCAAUACGAACAGAAGCUGAUGAUGCUGCAGAACAAGAUCAGAGACACGCAGCUGGAGAGGGACAAAGUGCUGCACAAUAUGGGCUCAGUGGAGUCAGGAACAGAGGAAAAGGCCAAAAAGAUCAAAGUGGAGUACGAGAGGAAGCUGAGCUCCAUGAACAAAGAGCUGCAGAAGCUGCAGUCGGCCCAGAAGGAACACGCUCGGCUGCUGAAGAACCAGUCGCAGUACGAGAAGCAGCUCAAGAAGCUGCAGCAGGACGUGACCGAGAUGAAGAAAACCAAGGUGUCACUGAUGCGUCAGAUGAAGGAGCAGCAGGAGAGGAACCGAGCUUCAGAGUGCCGGAGGAACCGAGAGAUCGCCUCUCUGAAGAAAGACCAGCGCAGAGCCGAGCACCAAGUGAGGCAGCUGGAGGCACAGAAGAGACAACAGGAGCUGAUCCUUCGCAGGAAGAACGAGGAGGUGACGGCUUUAAGGCGUCAGGUGAGGCCGAUGUCUGGAAAGGUGAGCAGGAAGGUACCUGAAUCUCCACAGGAGCCUUCACACCGGCCGAUCCCAGGAAGACUGCAGUCCUCUGCUGCGAGUCCAUCCAACGGAGCCAGGAGCUCUCCAGUGCGGAUGGGAAGCAUCUACCUCAGCAGGACGGCCAGAGCGAAGUGGCAGUCAUUGGAGAGACGAGUCAGCGACAUCAUCAUGCAGAGGAUGACCAUCUCCAACAUGGAGACGGAUAUGAACCGACUACUGAAGCAACGGGAGGAGCUGACCAGACGGAGGGAGCGAGUGUCCAGGAAGAGAGAGAAGACAGCGGUGGACGGAGCAGACGCCGAUCGCUCUUUGGCUUCCCUGAACGAGGAGCUGGAGUCUCUGAGCGCAAACAUCGACUACAUCAACGACAGCAUCGCCGACUGCCAGGCCAACAUCAUGCAGAUGGAGGAGGCCAAGGAGGAAGGAGACACUGUGGACGUCACUGCUGUGAUCAGCUCCUGCAACCUGUCAGAAGCUCGAUUCCUGCUGGACCAUUUCAUGACGAUGGCCAUCAAUAAGGGCCUGCAGGCGGCUCAGAAGGACUCCCAGCUGAAGGUGAUGGAGGGCAGGUUGAAGCAGACGGAGAUCAACAGCGCCACCCAGAACCAGCUCCUCUUCCACAUGCUGAAGGAAAAAGCCGAGAUCAACCCGGAGCUCGACGCUCUGCUGGGCAGCGCCCUGCAAGAGUUAGGUUACCUGUCGCCAGAAAAUGGAGACGACAGCAGCAGUGACGAGUCGACACCCAGUCCGGCUGCAGAGGGAAGCACUCUGGCAUCAGAUUUAAUGAAGUUAUGUGGUGAAUCAAGACCAAGAAAGGCUCGAAGGCGGACCACCACCCAGAUGGAGCUGCUGUACGCCAGCAGCGGGGAUUUGUCCUGCGAAUCGCCUACCGGAGACUUCUCAGCCCCUCUGCUGCCCCUCACGGAGCGAGUGGAAGUGCCGGCAGACAUGCAGGGUCAGGCGCUCGGUCAAACCCCCGACCGAGGGCAAACUGUUUCCCCGUCUGCCCCGUCUGCCCGGCCAGCUGGCAUUUCUGGAUCCAGGUCGCCUACAGGAACUGAAAGGAGACAACUUGAGCGUUCACCGCUGAACCGCAGGAGGAUGCAGGACAAAGGACCGGCGACACACAUCCCAGCUCCUCAACACACACCUCCAUCAAACACAGCAGAGACGAAGACUAAAACCAGCGACUACAAAUCAUUGUUGGAUGAAUCACCUGUAUUUGAAGGCCACAGAGGUGUGAUCAACCCUGUGACGGCCCCUAAGAACAGCCGAGGAGCCAAACUUCAGUGUGUUUAUGUAGCUGAGGGCCACACAAAACCUGUUCUCUGCGUAGAUGCCACCGAUGACCUGCUUUUUACUGGGUCUAAAGAUCGAACAUGUAAAGUUUGGAACUUGGUGACGGGUCAGGAGAUCAUGUCUUUAGCAGAUCAUCCCAGCAGCGUUGUCUCAGUCAGGUACACUUCCAGCCUCGUCUUCACCGUUUCCACCGCUUACAUCAAAGUCUGGGACAUUCGAGAUUCUGCAAAAUGCAUCCGCACACUCACGUCUUCAGGGCAAGUGGGUUCAGGAGACACAUGUUCGUCUGUCAGGAGUUUAACAAUCCCACCAGGAGAAAGUCAGAUCAACCAUAUCGCUCUGAAUCCUUCUGGAUCUUUUCUUUACGCUGCUGCUGGCAACGCUGUUCGCAUGUGGGACCUCCGCAAAUUUGUGUCUACAGGGAAGCUCACCGGCCAUUUGGGGCCUGUAACGUGUCUAACUGUUGAGAAGUUGGGUAACGGACAGGACAUCGUGCUCACCGGCUCCAAAGAUCAUCAUAUUAAAAUGUUUGAGGUGGCAGAAGGUGCUCAGGGCAGCAUCACCUCCAGCCAUACGUUCGACCCGGCCCAUCAGGACGGCGUGGAGUCUUUAGCUGUGCAUGGAGAUACUUUCUACAGCAGCUCCAGAGACCAUUACAUUAAAAAGUGGGACUUGGCGAGUAAACAGCUGUUACAGUCAGUCAGCGCCCAGGCAGACUGGGUCAGCGUUCUGGGCGUGGUACCAGGAUCCUCGGUGCUGCUCAGCGGCUGCAGAGGAGGCCUGCUGCGACUCUGGCACACCGACUCGCUAACGCCCCUCGGUGAGAUCCAGGGCCACGACAGUCCCAUCAACGGCCUGGCAUCCAACAGCAGCCAACUGUUCACUGCCUCAGAUGACCGCACGGUAAAGAUUUGGGAAGCCAAAGGAUCUCUGGAGGAUGGGAUUCACUGAUUUCUGAUCUGGCCUUCAAUCAGUCAACAUGAAAUAUCUGAGAAGCUGUGUCAAAGAUGGUGGAAAUGGUGUGAAAGUUUGGCUUCCAGGUGAAAAAUAACCUUAAAAAACACUGAUCCUUCAUGGAUCAGUUUCAGGGAAAUCUAACUAGAUGCUGUCGCUGUUUUCAGCUGAACGCAGUUACAAAUAUUUUAGGUCAAGACGGAUCACGAUAAACGUAUUGGAGCCUUUGGAGUCUCGAUUAGAGCUACAAAGACAGCUGAGAUGGACGGCACUUUUCAGAACUGUGACUGAUAAUUUCAUUCAACAUUCCCCCUAUCAGUGCAGUGUAACACAACAUGGAUACCGUCUUUGCAUUUUUUCCAGAGCUGCUGAGAAUCAAGGGCAGGUUUUGAUGAAACGCUUUGCUUCCUUGCACCAAUUGCUUUCAUCAAGACUCCAGAAAGAUGUGGAGAUGCUUAAUUCUCCAGCAAUAACUGUGAGUCCGUUCGAUGUUUUCACAUGGCGUGUGCUGUGUUGUGUCUUCUUGGCGUUGAUGUCAGGUAUGUGUGCAUUAUCAAAGUUAUCAAGGACCAAACAACUACUGAAACUACAUAUGUACGGUCUUAAUAUUCAGCUGUUACUGCCAAACACACCAGAUGAACAGAGAGGCCUCUAAAUACAACAGACUGUGCUCCUUUGACAGGAUUCUCAUACAUUUUCCAUUUGAAAUUCCACGUUUUAGUCAAGAUUUUAGUUAAUGUUAAUGAAGUGAACUGCUACCCAUAUUACAGCUUUGGAAAUAUUUAUUAUACCACUACGAGUACUGUUGUACCACCUCUCUCCCGCCUCUCUUGGUGGAACCAUACUGCGUUUUCUUCUUAAGGUUGUAAUGGACGCUGCCACUUAGCAACUGGCUCACUCGCUGUGUUCCUCUUCACUAAGCACCAGAAAUUAAAAUGUCUUUUCAUCAUCUUGCGAUUCUCUUCUUUUAGGCAUCCUAGGAUGUUAAUGAAAUGUGGAUUAUUUGUUGAAUUUACUUGCAUACAACACAAAAUAGUGGUGACUCCACACAUUUUUUUGGCCAUCUAUGGUGAGUUUUGAAAUGUUUACAGUUUCAAUGCAUCACAUUUUUGAACAUAAUUUAUUGCAAGUAUUAAACAAUUAGACUUUUAUAAGACUUUAUAAUACAAUCCAAACAACAUGGCCAAAGUUGAAGACCAGUUGUGUAGACAGGUAGAUGGGUGAUCUAAUAAUUAUUUCCAAAGCUGCAUGUUUCUACUAAAACAUAUAUAUCACAGCUGAACAACAGUAUUUCUACAGUAUGUACUGCCUUACAAAAGCAAAGAGCACUGACAGAGAUGGAUGGUGAACAGCUUGAAAUUUGAAAGCUACUUGGUAAACCCUAACAGUUUGAUGAAUUGUGAAAACAUUUCACUUAUUAUUCUAUAAUUCCAUACAUUAAAAUAUGAUGUAUGUGAUAUACAUUAAAGGUAGCCAAGUUAUGUAAAAUCACCUAGUGUCAGAGGCUAAUACAGAACUUACUGCUAAGCUAGGCUAGUUAGCCUAAAUUGUUAGCUAACAGGACUAAUUUAGCUGCUACUUUUUUUUCUCAGUUAUGAUAAAACUGAAUUACAAAGCUACUAAAACAUCCAGUCUUAUUUCAAUAAAAGGUAACGGUUGAGGAAAAACUAAUUUAAAAAUCUGAUCUGAACGACUUAUUUGAUAACUCAAGUUGUGUAACAUUUUGAUACGCCUUAAAACUAUUUAACUAAUCUAUAAUUUUAUAGAUUUAAUUGUGUGAAAUUCACAGCAUGUGAAUAACCAUCUCGGAUCAUGUAAAUUCACCAAGUUUCAGAGGAUAAUAUUGAACUUACUGCAAAGCUAAGCUAGUUAUCCUACAGUGAGUUAGCUAGCAGGGCAAGUUUAGCUGCCACUUUUUCGUCUGUUAUGAUAAAAGUAGCUGCUGCCUUAUUGAUAAGCAAACUGGAUUGCUCAAAUACUGGCUCAUCAAAUUGUAAUUUAUUGGUACUGUCAGCGCAUCCGUUUAUUUGCUUAUAGAAGAGUCUAGAGUCCCAAUUGUCCUUUAAGAAUAUUUAAUAAGCAUUGGCAAAUUAAAAGAGCAUGUACAUGGAUGUAUUUAUUUCAUAAAGGUACAUGUUUGUACGUGACUAAUGGCAUGUAAGCUUGUUCAUAUUUUAGGUAAAGCUGCUGUGCUAUAGUUUAAAGAAGUGGAUGUCGAGGGAGUUGUCUGUACACUCUAUCACCGAAAGCAGAAACUGCUCUCUGCAGCAGUUCCGUUAGAUUCAGGCCCACACUCCUAAGGUCGUAAAUGUCACACAUUUAUGUUUAACACAAUAGUAAUGUAAUUGAUUACGUAGUUAAACUGAGCUGUGAUUAAGAAUAUUUCCCAACAGUAUGAAGUAGGUGGUAAAUGAGCUAGCUAGCUUUAACUAGGUAGUAUAGAGUCAGUGCCUGAUUAUUAGUUCCUCACAACUGGUAUUGAUUUGAUAGCUGGUAAAGCAGGGGUCACAAAGAUAAAUUGUGAUAUUAACUCAGUUUGAGCUACUGUUGUUAUUGCUUUUUUAAUUUUGUAAGGCAGUACAAUUCAUCUUGUUAAAACCUGAGCUGAACUGGCUGACAAAAACAUCUAAUAAUACAGGUGUCUCAGUCUUUCCAGGACUUGUGUCAGUGUCAACAUUUCAGCCUGAGAUGAACAGUUUUUUCCUGCCUGUCGGUGAUGUGUUGUCAGCCGUCCGCUGGGUUUCUAGAUUCUCUGGCUGAUACAGUUUCCUUAACGCAUCUGUGGCUUUAAGUGGGAGUUUUAGCUGCUGAAAGGUUUUACUUUGCUGUCAGCACGAUCCCAUCUGCCUUCUCCGACUUGCAUCUCGCAAACAUUUUCUCACUUCCAGGAUUCGACCCUCUGAGUAUUUCCUUCUGUAGACUUUGGUAGCUGUACAACACUUUUAAGAGUGAAUUGCAGCUCCGACGGCAAGGAAACUAUUGUCCUAAUUCAAGAUUUUAAUGAGACCUGAAUAAUGUGAACGUAAAUCAUUCAUGUUUAUGGAAUCAAGCACCUUGUUGUUGCUAAUUAAUAAAAUACAGUUGAAAUUGCACACUUUGUGAAAGCAUCCUACCCUGACAUAUGUGUUUCUUCAACCAAAUGAUGUCAGUUCUCAUUCAGUCUCUUUAAAUAUGUCCAAAAAUGCUACUAUUUAUUUAUUUCUUCUUCGGUUUUUGAUUAUUUACUGUUGCGUCUUCUCUAUCAGUGAUAGAGUUUGAUAUCAUUCCUUCUAAUGCCUUGGAUAUCUUGGUGUCGAUGGACUGCACAGAACCUAUGGGAUGGAUUUUCUCCAUAGUCAGAGGUGUUAUUAUCAGUGCCUGUAAUAAAUCCUCGACUGUAUAGAGACUGUGGAGUCGCUACCUGAUAAAUGUGGACUAUCCCUCAUUAAAAAAGGUCAGGUAAACAAUUCAUCAUGAGCUACUGUAUCCUUUAAGUGUGUCUGAAAAACACCUGCUGCUCCAGUUUGUGUAUUGGAGGUAGAACUCGAUGCUGAAGCCAAUGGAACUAAAAUAAUUGCACUGAAAAAUCUACUUUUUUGCUCAUUUAAAUGAGUUUUCCUCCCAUUGCCUGACAACACAAUUCAAUACAGAAGACUAAAAUGGAUUACUUACCAGUAAGAAAAUGGUUUUCAGUCCUAUUGAUCAAACAACGAGGUGUAAGUAGUCCUAAUUCAUAAUGAAUCAGAUUGGCUGCCUAUAAUUAUCCCUCUAAUUGUAGUUGUCUUAUUUUGAAAUUUGUUCUUGUGUAAAUACGACUGUUUUCUUCCUGCUGAUGCUCUUGUGCACAAUUUCCAGUGAUUAAAAUAUCAAAUGCAGUGUGAAAAUAAAUUGUAAUAUUUUUAAAAAA